GCAUCGCUACAAUUCCAAGUAUUAUUCAUACUCUUUCCGCCUCUCAUCGCGUUUCUUCUUUCUUUGGCUGAUCAAUUCGUUCCAUCUGUCAAUUGCUGUAUAUCCCUUCCGCGUGUCGCCUGUGCAGCGUUGACAUAGACUGCGCGCUCAAACGUGAUGGCUCCGAAAACGUCGAAAGCGUCAUCGACAGCCGCACCGUCUGAGAAACAUGGAUAUGAGUUCAUGGGCCCUCCCGGUGCAUUCCUCAUCUCCAUCGGAUUGCCUAUCCUUUGUUACGUCUUCGCAUUUGGCUGCAACGAUGUCUCUGGCUGUCCAAUUCCAUCAUUGCUUCACCCGACGGAAUUCAACAUCGAAGAUCUAAAGCGGGACAUCGGAUGGAAAGGUAUAGAGUCAAUCAUCAACCUGCAGUCUAUCUUAGCUACGGUCGGGUGGUAUAUUUACCUCCUGACUUUGACGAGAUUUUUACCUGCAACUGAGAUUGAAGGUGUUGAACUUGACUCUGGUGGCAAACUGAAGUAUCGACUUAACACCUUCAAUAUCCACGUCUUUACGCUCGCAAUUGCAGCGGCAGGUACCCUCUAUCAGGGCGCUGACUGGCCGAUCUGGGUAUUCUUAUGGGAAAACACGAUCCCACUUCUUACUACUAACCUUGUAUUUGCGUAUGCAUUGGCUACUUUUGUCUAUAUACGGUCUUUCAGUGUCAAGCCAGGCAACAAGGAGCUCCGUGAGCUCGCCAAGGGUGGACAAAGUGGCAACAUGCUAUACGACUGGUUCAUCGGACGCGAACUCAAUCCCCGCAUCACUCUUCCAGUCUUCGGCGAGAUUGACAUUAAGUCAUGGAUGGAGCUACGUCCUGGUAUGAUUGCAUGGGUUGUUAUCAAUCUGUCAAACAUUGCUGCGCAAUAUCGCCACUAUGGUCAUGUGACAGAUUCGAUUCUGUUCAUCACGUUUGCUCAGGCCUUCUACACACUUGAUGGCCAAUACAUGGAGCCUGCUAUCCUCACUACUAUCGAUAUAAUCGCUGAUGGAUUUGGCUUCAUGCUAGCUUUCGGGGAUGUGCCAUGGUUGCCGUUUACUUACAGCAUCCAUACUCGUUACUUAGCUGUUCAUCCCGUUCAGCUCGGUCCGCUUCGACUGCUGGGUGUCUUUGCCGUUCAGGCUUCCGGCUAUGCACUUUUCCGUGCUGUUAACAACGAGAAGAAUCGCUUCCGUACCAACCCAAAAGAUCCGAGAAUUGCCCACCUGGAAUACAUUGAGACCGAAUCUGGCUCCAAAUUACUGACUACUGGCUGGUGGGGAACGGCCCGCCAUAUCAACUAUCUGGGCGACUGGUUGAUGAGUUGGUCCUUCUGUCUUCCGACCGCAAUCGCGGGAUAUGUCAUUGAGCGUGACUCAAUCGCUGGUAUUCUAGGACCUAAGAAGGUCGUUCCGGGUGAAGCAAAAGGAUGGGGAAUGCUAUUCACCUACUUUUUCAUGAUCUACUUUGCCGUUCUACUCAUUCAUAGAGAGCGCAGAGAUGAGGAGAAGUGCAGACGCAAAUAUGGCAAGGACUGGGACCGCUAUGUGGAGAAAGUUCCUUAUAGAAUCAUUCCAUACGUCUACUAAGACAAUCUUGGGUGUUUUCUGGCGGUCAACAUUGUAUCAAACCGAAUGCGGGAGAGAUUGGAAUACAGUAUACUAGGCACAGGGAGAAAAUCCGAAAGAUUCUGACAUUAUGUAUCAUAAGCUAAUCAUCAUACUGCUGGAGACAGCAAGAUAGGAGGAAGAGUGGUAAUACACUCAGGCAUCAGACACUAGGCAUCAAUAUUUAGGUAGAAGCGGUACU